GCAAAGCACAAAAGAAAGGAAAAGCAUGCCAGUCCAAAGAGGUUAAAAUCCAUCUUUUUGACCUAGCUUUCCAGAAGAGUCUUCCCACUUUACUGUCCAUCACAUCUGUAUUUGCGUGCAGACAACAGUCUUCUUCGCUUGGAGGUCCUCCGGAUGUGUUGGACACAAUUCCUCUUACUCUGAGCCAAGUGAAUGAUAGGAUUUGCCAUCCGGCCCAUCCGGCGCCAGGCUGAGCAAAGCUGGUGAACGUACCGGGGUCCUUACUCCCAACUCUCCUCCCAUCAGGUGGAUUCAGACGCUGCCAUCCAGAAUAGCUGUUUGAGCGACAGACUUGUCUCUUCUGCACGUCCAUUUUCUUUCCCUUUUUUUAAAAAAAAUAAUAAAAGUAAAGAGGAAGGUGGGGCUGGGAAGCCAGAAGGGAGGGCUCAGGGGGCGGAGUAAACUUGUCACGCGUGGAGAGUCGAGGUUAGACCAACUUAAAGAGGAUUGGGGCUCCGAAGGACGGCCCUCCGCGGCGGGAGGGGAGUCUUUCUCCCGGAUCAGCCCCGUCGGCACAUCGGCUCCGCAAACGCCCAUCGACGGCAGUCGCUGUCCGAGCGCCGUGGUGCUGAAACGAGCGCGCCAGUCCGCAAUUCUGUGAGAGUCGGGCCGGGGCGCGCUGCUUCGGAGCUGUCCGCGGACAUCAGGUGCUGAACUUUCGCUCGGACUCGGGUCUAUUCUUCCCCUCCGGAGCCCCGUUGAGCCUCAAUGGGAAACAACGAGGGAACGCUUCCUCCACGAAAGACAAGAUGCUGAUCUAAAUCGGAGUCGGCAGCUGAGCUUGAAGAAGCCAGCCUACUCCACGACCCAGUUGAGCUUCUUCUGGCCAUCUCCAGGGACUGCUAACUCUGCUAACUCCGCUCCCGUAUCUACUGCCGCUGCUCUUCGUUCUGCCUAACCAUGGCUUUCAUGGUGAAGUCUGUGGUCGGUGGCCAACUGAAGAAUCUCACCGGCGGGUUGGGAGGAGAAGACAAAGGAGAAGGGGACAAAUCCCCAGCAGAAGCCCAAGGAAUGACCAGGGAAGAAUAUGAAGAGUAUCAGAAGCAGCUGGUGGAAGAAAAGAUGGAGCGUGAUGCCCUGUUUGCCCAGAAGAAGGCUGAACGUGCUACACUGCGGACUCACUUCCGAGACAAAUACAAACUGCCCAAGAACGAAACUGAUGACAGCCAAAUCCAACUAGCCGGGGGUGACGUGGAGCUGCCUAAGGAGCUGGCCAAGAUGAUAGAGCAAGACAACGAGGAGGAAGAGGAAAAGGACUCUGUAAUCGGACAGCUGACCAACAUCCAGAACAUAGACCUAGAUUCCUUGAAGGACAAAGCCCAAGCCACCAUAGAUGAUCUGAAGCAGUCUGCUGAGAAAUGCACCAUCAUGUGACUCCAUGCUGCCUCUUGACCGGCACCAGAUCCCAGUGGUCAACUUGGGACCCUUGUGAGUGGGGUGGGGUGGGGUGUCCGUGAGAGUGAAAGCCUGACCCUAGUUGAUGAGAAGGACCCAACAGAUGCCCAAUGAGUUUAUCUUCCUUGUUUGUGCGUGCGUGAGCUGAGUAUUUUCUUUGCAGCCCAAGUCCCCUCCCUUGUAAGGUAUCUUCCUUUUUCUAUCCCUCUUCAGUGGACAUGAGGUGUGCGUACCUGUCUCAGGUUAGAACCAUCAAUUGUUGGACACACACCCCCUUCCCUCACCAUGAUCCACCUUGAAGUUCUACCUCUCUUCAACCUUCUCCCUUUCCUUAUAUAUCUAGUCAAACUAUCUUCCAUCUACCACUUGGUGGUGAAGGAUAAGAGCCAUUUACUAUCCCGGGAGUCGUCCUGGCUGUGUAGUGAAAUGAAUGUGCACCACACAUACAUGCACACACACACACAGAAACACACGUACAAACCUACACACAACCCUCUUUACAGAAACACACUUUGAAGAGGGGACUUCUUGUAGAAAAAUGCCGAAGAAGCGAAGAGUAUCGUUGCCAAGAGAAGUUCCGAGCCUUGUCAAAUUAGGUGGCUUGGCCACUCGUACGUCUUCCAGUUCAAGGCUUGGGGGCAAGAGGAGAUUUCCCCUCCCACCGCUGCCAUAGUUCCCGACUAUUAAACAGAACUUCCGGAACCUCAGAAAGCCCAAAUGCAUCGUCCCCAUGUUACAGGUGGAGAAAGCACAGCUUGGCCCCUCCUUCUACCCCUGAAGCCAUACAGGGAUGGAAGUCUCUCUGGUUGGUGCUUAAUCAACCAUAAUCCCGUAGGCGUUUUGUGCUCUGUUUCAAUGUCUAACAAUACAUCCUGGGACCUCUCACUGUCAUGUUUUGAACAAGUAGCGGGAAGGGUAUAAUUACCUAUGUAACAAACGUGGCAAUCUUUAUGUUGUAACGUGACUAUGCAGUAUUCUUUCACCCUCGACCUUCGAUAAUUCCUUUCUUUUUUUUCCCCAUGUACUGUUCAAUUUGGUGGAAUAAAGACCAAGCUUCUAUGCA